AUGUUUUUUCCUUUUAAAGGAAAUUUUCCACAUAAUUACCCCGCUAUCGUAAAAACCGGUGGUUCAGAAAUAGACAAGAUAGCGGAGAAACUGAAGAGCCUCGUGAAGGCCAGUGCUGAUGAGAAGCUGGACAAGGAACUGCUCACCUGCACCGAGUCCUUCGACAAGGAUAGUGUGGAUAGUGUAGAUAAGGAGGAUGCCAAGGAGAAUGAAAUGCAAGAUGUCCGUGAUUGGUCGGAGCCGCGUCGUUGCGCGCGCGCUACGCACACGUGCUCCUAUUGCGGGAAGAGUUUCGACCGGCCUUGGGUACUGAAGGGACACCUUCGUUUACACACCGGAGAGAGGCCCUUUCCGUGCCCUCAUCAACAUUGCGGAAGAACUUUUGCUGAUCGUUCAAACCUCCGCGCGCACCAGCGCACGCGUGGGCACCACUCGUGGCAGUGGCGCUGCGCCGCCUGCGACAAGGCGUUCAGCCAGCGACGGUACCUGGAGCGACACAGGGACGAUGCGUGUCGCAAAUACAAGAUGCACACGCGAAACUCGACAAAAUACAACAAUACUUUGAAAGUGGUGUCGAAGACUGUGCCCGCGCAAGUUCCAAUGUACGGUAUUAUAAGGCACAAUCCAGAAUCGAAGGUGGGACCGGAGGGAACUGGGGAGUGCUGCGAGGGACCCAUCGACCUCUCUAUAGGGAAACGGAGGAUUGAGGAGGAUGUAGUUUAA